AUGUGCAUAUAUGCAUCUAGACAGACUGUCUGCCCCUAUUUAACCCCCUUCAAAGUUAAAAGACCCAAGUCAAGAGAAAUGAAUUCCUCCGACGUCAACUUCUCCCUACUCCAGAGCCAACCAAAUGUUCCGGCUGAAUUCUUCUGGCCGGAGAAAGACGUUGCCCCUUCAGAAGGCGACCUCGAUCUCCCAAUCAUCGACUUGAGUGGGUUCUUGAAUGGCAAUGAGGCCGAGACGCAACUUGCAGCUAAGGCAGUGAAAAAAGCGUGCAUGGCUCACGGUACUUUUCUAGUGGUCAAUCAUGGCUUCAAGUCGGGCUUGGCUGAAAAGGCGCUUGAGAUAUCGAGUUUGUUCUUUGGGCUAUCCAAGGAUGAGAAGCUAAGGGCUUAUAGGAUCCCGGGGAAUAUCUCUGGCUAUACCGCAGGUCAUAGCCAAAGAUUUUCCUCCAAUCUUCCGUGGAAUGAGACUUUGACUUUGGCCUUCAAAAAGGGGCCACCCCAUGUUGUUGAAGACUUUCUAACCUCAAGGCUAGGCAACCAUCGUCAAGAGAUCGGUCAAGUGUUUCAAGAAUUUUGUGAUGCAAUGAAUGGACUGGUUAUGGAUUUGAUGGAGCUAUUGGGUAUAAGUAUGGGUUUAAAAGACAGGACAUACUACCGGAGAUUCUUCGAAGAUGGAAGUGGCAUCUUCAGAUGCAACUAUUAUCCGCCGUGCAAGCAGCCAGAGAAAGCCCUUGGUGUUGGCCCCCAUAAUGACCCAACGGCUAUAACCGUUUUGCUUCAAGACGAUGUUGUGGGCUUAGAGGUCUUUGCCGCAGGUAGUUGGCAGACCGUUCGCCCUCGUCCUGGUGCUCUUGUCGUCAACGUUGGAGACACCUUCAUGGCAUUGUCAAAUGGAAACUACAGGAGUUGUUACCACAGGGCAGUGGUAAACAAGGAGAAAGUGAGAAGGUCAUUAGUAUUCUUCUCUUGUCCUAGAGAAGAUAAAAUCAUCGUACCUCCUCCUGAACUUGUGGAAGGUGAAGAAGCUUCUAGAAAGUACCCUGACUUUACUUGGGCUCAGCUUCAGAAAUUUACCCAGUCCGGCUAUCGAGUCGAUAACACCACUCUCCAUAACUUCUCUUCGUGGCUCGUCUCUAACUCCGACAAGAAAUCAACUUGACUUCAGCUUUCUCGAUUCAUAUUUCCUGGCGCCCUUCGAUUAUCAACUAAUAAAACAUCUU